CUAAAAAUUUUCUUGUCCAAAACACUUUGGAAUGGCUCCCACCCACUUGGAUUCAUCGUUUAGCACUCUCCCCACAUUAGCAUCUCCUAGUCGACCCUUAGUAGAAUCCGUAUCAAGCAAGAAUUCUCGCUCUGUACCUGCUAAAGGUCGAUGCAUGGUUGCCACCGGAGAUGAUGACCAAAUUGUCCGGAGGUCGGCAAAUUACCGAACUUCCAUGUGGGAGUAUGAUUUUGUUCAGUCACUGACUAGUAAAUAUAAGGGAGAGCCGUACAUAGCGCGAAGCGAAAAGCUGAAGGCAAACGUAAGGAUGAUGCUGGCGAAUGCAUCGAAACCCUUGGAUCAACUUGAGCUAAUCGAUACCUUGGAAAGACUUGGAUUAUCUUACCAUUUCGUUGAUGAAAUAAAGAGCACUUUGAAGAGCUUAUUUGAUGAAAAUCAUAUAGAGAAUACAGAGACAGUGCAUGAUUUGUAUGCUACUGCUCUAGAAUUUCGGCUCUUAAGGGAGCGUGGAUAUCAAGUGCCUCAAGAGGUUUUCAAUCAUUUCAAGGAUGAACAAGGAAACUUUAGGGCAUGGGUUCAUGACGAUUUGAAGGGAAUGCUAAACCUGUAUGAAGCUUCAUACUUCUUGGUAGAAGGGGAGAACAUAUUAGAAGAUGCAAGAGACUUCACCACCAAAAAUCUUGAAAACUAUGUCAAGAAGUGCAACACUACCGAAUAUCUUUCAGAGUUGGUGAGCCAUGCCUUGGAGCUUCCAUUGGCUUGGAGGAUGCUAAGAUUGGAGGCCCAUUGGUUCAUCAAUUUGUAUGAAACUAAAACUGAUAUGGAACCUGUUUUGUUAGAACUAGCAAAACUAGAUUUCAACAUGGUACAGGCAGUACACCAAGAAGAUCUGAAAGAUUCAUCUAGGUGGUGGAAGAUGACAGGACUUGGAGAAAAGUUGGAUUUUGCCAGGGACAGGCUGAUGGAGAAUUUCUUAUGGAGUGCGGGGAUCAUAUUUGAACCUCAAUUUGAUAAUUGCAGGAGAAUGCUAACAAAACUUAAUUCACUUGUAACAACAGUUGAUGAUAUUUAUGAUGUCCAUGGUACCUUAGAUGAGCUUGAGCUAUUCACAGAUGCCAUUGUAAGAUGGGAUCUUAAUUUCAUGGAUGGUCUUCCAGACUAUAUGAAAUUAUGUUUUUUUGCAUUGUUCAAUUCGAUAAACGAAGUUGCUUAUGAUAUUCUAAGAGAUCAAGGAGUUGACAGCCUCCCUUACUUGAAGAAAGCGUGGGCAGAUUUAUGUAAAUCAUAUUUGUUGGAAGCUAAGUGGUUCUACAGUGGACAUACACCAACUCUUCAAGAAUACUUAGAUAAUGCAUGGAUUUCAAUUGGAGUACCAUUGGCUAUUGUUCAUGCAUACUUUUAUGCUCCGAAUCCAACAGCAGAGGAGGCCUCGCAUUUCACGGAGGAAUACCCAGAUAUAAUUCGAUGGUCAUCCAGGAUUGUACGCCUUGCUGAUGAUCUUGGAACCUCCUCGGAUGAAAUAAAAAGAGGAGAUGUUUCCAAAUCAAUCCAAUGUUACAUGCACGAAACUGAAGCUUCUGAAGAAGAAGCUCGUGAUCAUAUAAAGAAAUUAAUCAGCAAUGCGUGGAAAAAAUUAAAUGCUUCUCAAUUUUCUAAUCCCCAUAUCUCUCAAACUAUCAUUGGUGUUGCAGUCAACCUUGCACGAACGGCACAAUGCAUUUACCAAUAUGGAGAUGGGCAUGCUAUUGAACAUCUUGAGACCAAGGAUCGGGUGAUGUCCUUACUUAUUAAGCCCUUAUAA